GCCGUCCGCAAGCCAGCACCCAGCCGGCCAAGCCUUCCUUCCCUUCCCUAGCCUGGAAUGGAGAUUUCUUCCCACCAGUUUCACCUCCUGGAGCAGCUAAACGAACAGCGGAAGCAGGACCUGUUCUGUGACUGCAAGAUCCUGGUGGAGGGCAAGGUCUUCAAGGCCCAUCGCAAUGUGCUGUUUGCCAGCAGUGGCUACUUCAAGAUGCUCCUUUCUCAGGGCUUGAAGGAGACGACUCAGCCCACGGUAGUGACUUUUGAGGUCUUCUCCCCAGAGACAUUUAUGGUUAUCUUGGACUUUGUGUACUCAGGUGUGUUGUCUUUAACCGGGCAAAACGUGAUCGAGGUCAUCUCAGCCGCCAGCUAUCUGCAGAUGACCGAUAUCCUCCAUGUCUGCAAGACAUUCAUUAAGUCCUCACUGGAUAUUAACGAGAAGGAAAAGGAUCAUUACCUCAGCCUUUCAGCCAAGAGCACCAGCACUGAACCUGCCCAUCCGCCUCUCUACCACUCAAGAAGGAAAGUGAAGAGCAACCUGCGGUGCUCCUCUUCCGUCCCAGAUGAAAAGGCAAACCCAGCCAAUGAGAAUGCAUGGAGCAGCUGCAGCAGCUCCCAGGUGAUUCUCCAGCGGGCAGAGACUCAGCUGUCCAAGAGAGGCAGGAAGCAGAGCUCCGCCAGGAGGCACCGCAAGCUGCUGGGGCUGUCGCAGAGCUGCGACCUGGCGCCGCGCAAAGCCAACAGGGGCGAGUGGAGCGGCGCCGGGGGCACCGCCACGACCUCCCAGGACGGAGAGGAGCCUGGGGUGGAUGCUGAGAAUGAUGCUGGGCAUGAGUAUGGAUACAAUCGUGAACCAGAAGACAAGAGGGGCGGGUUGUGAUGCGGUUGCCUGCGUUUGUCUGUCACAGACGAGCUGCCUCAGACGCGGUUCAAGUGCCCCUUCUGCACGCACGCGGUGAAGCGCCGCGCCGACCUGAAGCGCCACCUCCGCUGCCACACCGGGGAGCGGCCCUACCCCUGCAAGGAGUGUGGCAAGAGGUUCACCCGGCUGGAGCACCUAAGGAACCACUUCCAAACGAUACAUCAGGCUGGCAAACUGAUCUGCAGGAAGUGCAAGCGUCAGGUCACCGAGCUGACGGGCUGCGUCGUUCAGCAAGGGACGAGGCGCUACAGGCUGUGCCACCAGUGUCAGGGGGAAGCUGAUUUUGACAGCAUCCCUGAUGACUUAGAUGCAGAACAUUCUCCUGUCUCCUCCCUGGCUAACAAACGUUCCAGAUGGGCUUUGGAGGGGGGACAGAAAUCAGAUGAAGAGACAAUGGAGGAGGAGCCCUACAACCUGGUUGUCCGCCGGGUUAACGGUGAUGGCCCGGAUAGAGGCGAUGAAAAGGUGAAGCCAAAUCUGAGGUAGAAAUCUUUGUGUAUUUAUUACUGUUGUAUUCCAGAUCAAAUUUCUUGGGUGUCCUCCCAGCUAAUAGGCUGGUUUGCUGCUUUCAUUAGAAUUAAAUAUUGCUCAGUGUCUCUGAUGAGAAGCCAAAUAUGGCCUACAAACAAGAUGGAUUUUAGCUCCAGGCAUGCGACAGUGGAACUGCUUCCAAGCAGCACCCAGAAAGGACUUCGAAGCUGGAAAGCAGAAGAAUUGUUUCUGCUUCAUCAAAGACUCGCUCAGAGCUCCUGUUUGUACUGACAGUGGGAAGCAAUUUACAGUUCUAGAGAGAUUUGUGGAGUUUUAGACCCCCAAAUGUUGAUA